CUUGAGCAAAGUAUUUGCUGUGAGAGAUUAAGGAAGCGGUUUAAAGAAAGACAAAGUGAUUUGAUAUAGAAGUUGAAAAGAGAAACUGUUUAAGUUUGUUAAAAUAUCUUUGAAGUAAUGUCAUCAUCGGAUGAAGAGCGAGCCGGCUCGGAAUCGGGAAGCACAACUGCGUCUGCGGACACUGUUCUGUUGAGGUCAGCCUCUGACCGCUACCCGAGGACACCAAAAUGUGCAAGAUGCCGCAACCACGGAGUGGUGUCAGCUCUGAAGGGCCACAAGCGCUACUGCCGCUGGAGGGACUGUAUGUGCGCAAAAUGUACGUUGAUAGCGGAACGUCAACGCGUUAUGGCCGCCCAGGUUGCUUUACGACGUCAGCAAGCACAGGAAGAGAAUGAGGCGAGAGAGAUGGGCGUUCUUUACGGACCCACAGGGCUUUUGCAGAUCAACCCUGAAUGUUCUAAUAUAUAUCCAAAUGCAGCGACUUCGGUGGAACCCAAUGGGAAAACAAAGUCAGAGGACGAAGCUGACAUCGAGUCGCCGCCAAUGGCGAAACGACAAAAAACUGAUCACAAAGAUGACGGCGGUCGACUGUCCGUAUCCUCCGAUGAUUCAAGGUCAGUUUCUCCCUCAUACACCGAUGAACGUCGCUUCCAUGGCAGCACACCUCCACAUUCAUCAAAGCUCCCAUAUGAAGACAUUGCUAGUCUAUAUGAUAGAAAUGGCAGAAUAUCAGAAUAUUGGUUACUGAACUUUGCUCAAGCUCCACACGGCACGAAAAAGACCCAGCAGCCGUUAGACAUUUUGUGUAGAAUAUUCCCGCACAAGAAAAGAACCAUUUUGGAAAUGAUUCUUCAAGGUUGUGGCGGUGAUACCGUCCAAGCAAUAGAGCAAGUAAUGGCGACACAGAGGCAGGAAGAAAAGUCAAAUGGAGGCCUGAUAUAUCCGGGAGUCUCCCAUGCUCCUCUUGGCAAUCAUCUUCAGAAUCCAGUAUUUAAAUCAGCCUUCUCUCCGAUCCCGUCCCUUACUGCAGCUUCAACGCUUAACUCAAUGCGAUAUGCAUGGGGUAACGCCGCAGGCCGCGGUUUAGCUAUGGCGAUGCCGUACUCGCAUUUGUUUCCGGGACUCUCAAUGGGGUCUUCGUUUGCCUACAAUCCAUUGGGAACAUCUUCGGACAAGAUUUCUCCCUACAGCAUGUACCCGUUUUGGACUGGCAAACCGUUUCCGACCAAGGAAGUUGAAAAAACUUCCGGAUGCAUCAGUGACUAAAUAUAUUGAGUUUGAUUGACAGUCAUGUGCUUAGUCUUAAUGUUAAAAAUUGUUCUUUGUUUAUUUAUGUAACAGUUUUGCAUUUUAAAUUAUGAUGGUUGCUUUGUAAAUUGUUAUUAACUUUAUUUAAAUUGUGUCACAAGUCAUUAUGAUUUUCACGAAUAAAAUAUUAAAUUCA